CUUCAGCCUGCAGACAUCAUGAAGGUGGCUCUGCUCUGCACCUUGCUGUGUGUCUGCCCGACGUCUGUCCACAGUCGAGUCUCAGUGACCGUCACUCCCGGCUGGUCUCAGUUCUUUGAGUAUGGAGAAGUGUCUUUGGGCUGUGAUUAUGUGAGCUCUGGUAAAUGGUCGGUUUGGAGAUACUCUAAUGUAACGUUAAAGCUGUCUCAGUGUGGAUUCGGCUGGGGCAAACAGACUCCCACCGCCUGCAUCAUGGAGACGGCCAAAGUGUCCGACAGCGGAGUGUACUGGUGUCAGUCUAAAUACAGAGACAGCAGCAACACCGUCAACAUCACUGUCACUGAUAAAAAAGUGAUCCUGCAGAGUCCCGUCCUCCCUGUGAUGGAGGGAGAUGAUGUCACUCUGAGAUGUAGAACAAACAAGUCCUCCAACCUCCCCGCUGUCUUCUAUAAAGAUAACUCCUCAAUCCAUUAUGGGCCAUAUGGUCACAUGACCAUCUACCAUUUCAGUGAGUCUCAUGAAGGCGCCUACAGCUGUACAAUCGGCAGUGAUGAGUCUCCACACAGCUGGCUGCUGAUGAAAGAUGAUUCUGAGCCGGCCCUGCUCACAGUGUCUCCUGACUCGUCUCAGAUGUUUGUGUAUAAGAGCCUGUCUCUGAGCUGUGGGGACAACAGCAGCUCUCAGGGCUGGAAGAUCAUCAGGUCCACAACCUCCGAUGGCAAGAUCUCCAGCUGUGGAGGGACAUGGGGGGAUCUCACCUCCUCUGGCUGUGACAUCCAGGGAGCCAAGCAGUCCGACAGUGCCACCUACUGGUGUGAGUCUCCUACAAAGCAGCGGAGCAACUCUCUGGACAUCAUCAUCGUCCCAGACACACAGGUGAUCCUGCAGAUUCCUGUCCUCCCUUUGAAGGAGGGAGACAACGUCACUCUGAUCUGCAGAGCAGAUAGAUCCUCCGACCUCUCAGCUGAUUUCUACAAAGAUGGCUCCUUCAUCAGGACUGAGCCCACAGGUCACAUGACCAUCCAUAAUGUCUCCAUAUCUGAUGGAGGCCUCUACGAGUGUAACAUCAGCGGUGUUGGAGCAUCUCGGGUCAGCCAGCUGUUUGUCAGAGAUCGCUACGAUGCUGCUCCAUCCACUGAAGAGUCCACCCAGUUUUGGUGGGGCGUGAUACGCCACAUAGCGAUGCCCUUACCAUUCUUAGUUUCCACUGUCCUCAUGGUGUGUGAAUACCGACGCAGACCGACAGGAAGGAACCAGGCUGUUUCCACGACGACGUCCCCACCAAACGAGGAUGAUGAGGAACAGUAUGAUGACGUCAUGGCUGAUGUCACCACCGAGCAUCAUUUCUAAACUUUCUCUCUUGUUCUCUCGCUCUCAUGUUGC